AUGAACCGGCUGUACCUUUACGUCGCCCUCGGCGCGGUCAUGGCCGACUCCAUCAUCGAGCUGGCCUUUGUCACAAACAUGGUCAGUUGGCUGCACAGCACAGCGAGUGGAACAUUCUCCAUCGAGUCCAACGGCACGACGUUUGAUCUGAUCGGAGUGCCAAGAAAUCUUCUAGUCGACCAAGGACACUCCAGUAAUGGCGCAGCAGGGACAGCAUUCGUCAUUGUUGGUCUCGGCGGCGUGCUUGCCCUCUGGCUCCAAAGCAGGCCGAUACAUUGGGGAAACAAGUUGAACAACCUCAUCUACCGCACGUGGCUCGUGUUUACGGUUCUGGGCACCGUAUUCACACUCGCCACACUGGCUUACGUCUUCGCGGUAACAAACAGCCACGAGGGGCAGGUUAUUGACGUUGGCCUCGCUUCUGCACUUGUCGACACGAGAUACCCCAGGGACACGUGGACGCCGCAGGGGUGGUUUGAAGCGGUUUUGCGUCUGGAUCUGGCGAGUGCGAGCGCAAGGAAGGAUGUCGUCCAGCACUUGCGCAUCAUGCAUGGAUGGCAGUACAAUUUGAUUCCAAUGUUUCUUCUGCAACUCAUUCUGACGGUUCUCGCCGUUUUGGACGCCCAUGAUGCACGAAGGUGGAAAAAAGUUGAGUCUGUUGAGGACUACAAAUGA